AGUCGGCUCUCAGGUCUGCAACCACCUGCCGCACGGCAGUGGCGAACUCCGCGUACGAGCAGACGCGUCUCGGCUUUCUCUCUCUCUGGGAGGGAGACCAGUCGAAUUUCCGGGAGAAUCUAUACCGCAGAAGGAAGACCAAGAUAGACGGAAAUCGAAUGAAACAAGGCCCUCACUGUCAGUCGAAAGAUAUAAUUGUCGUUAAAUUCAAUAUAGAUGGCGGAAUAAUAAACCUACUCUUGUCGGGUGCCACGCCGGGAUGCUGGAGCGAAUCCAUUGAGACACCCUAUCGUGAAUGACGUAGCAGCCCGGAGAAAACUCUCCCUGGCCUCGAAUCCGCCGCAGGGUCCAAGGGUCAGGGUCAUCCGCCCGGCUCCUCCGAGGGAAAAUAGGUCACCCGGGCAAACCCCACCUACUUUCGGGGCCGACACGGUUUCGCCACUGACAACAACACCCAUCGACGCUUCGUGAUAGAUGAUGUGCGAAUUAGCGAGAUCAUGCAUCUCGGAGGCGUGAAUCCUGCAGCCGUGGGGAUUUGGCCAAUGCUCUCCGGCUACGACAAGCUAGACUUUGCCAAGUCGCGGAGUCCCGAAGUUCAGGACCUGGUCCAAGGAACACUUUUUUGAGGCUUCAACCCAUCUCCGAGAAACCGGAUCGAAGAUGGUUGAUCUCGGGGAUACUGGAAGCAGGGGUGGCAGAUGGGUUUGUCCAAACGACAGGCAUCUUGCCCUAAGAGCAAAGUUGCGUACCGGAUGGUCUGUGAAGACAGGGUCACUGGAUUACAGAAGCGACUAUCCUUCCGGGCCACAAGUUACCCUUACGGAGGAGGAACGCUGCACCAUUAUAGAGCUUCAUUUGCAGAUUUUGUCAGUAACACGUGUCACCAACAAAAGUCGAUUAACCCCGAAACGGUUAUUCGUAGAGCGGAAGCGCUGGAUUUAUCGGAACAGGAGCGAGUGGGAAGAUUGGUCGACAGGCUGGAGAACAUGAAGCGUAAUUGCGUGAGUGCCGGAAACUUGUCUGGAAGUGCAGACACCUCGCACAGUCGAUAUUCUUGCGCAUUAUGCGGUGAGAAAUUCACUGUUCUUGGAGCUGGUCCGGCGAUCUGCAAGGAUUGUCGCAAGCACAUUUGCCAGAAAUGUGGUAUUGAAGCAACGAUGGUGUCGUGCGGAUCACAGAUUGGCUUUGCGCAAAAUUCCCAACGACCCAGGCUAUUCCUCUGCCGAAUCUGCUCGGAAACCAGAGAAAUGUGGAAAAAAAGUGGCGCCUGGUUUUUCAAAGGACUUCCGAAAUACGUUCUACCCGAUAAGAAACUCGAGCGUGGCAGACCGAGACGCACCUCGAGAGCAUCGUCGUGGGCUGUUGUCAACAACCUGAGGUCCCUGGAGUCUCUGGAGCCAGAUUCAUCUUCUGACGAAGACGCGGGUCGUCGCUUGGCGAUGAGCCGUUCGCUCGGAACUCACGAGGCUUCAUCGCCAACGCCAACUUUGGCUGAGGAGAAGAACAAUCGUUCCUCGACGCCAGUUUUUGGGCCAAGAGGCGACGCCUACAGUCGGCAGAAUUCCGGAAACGCGGGGGAUUACAGUAACGGCCUUAGAUCGGCUUCUGCUACCGAUGUCGGUCAGAGUCAAUUUUCCUCCACUGCAUCUGUGCAACCGCUUCCCUCGCCACGAGGUUCAGGUCAUGGAAUGCAAGGCCGGAACUCUGGGCAAGGAUUUCAGUCCCAGUUUAUGAACGAGCAUCGUCAGACGUCCUCGGACCAACUUAACAGCAAUCAGGUACACAGCUUCAGGAAAGACUCCAUAGAGUCGAGCAGCAGCCAGGGGCUCAUGAUGUUGGAUCAAAAUCAGAGUCACAGUCUACUCCACUAUCACGAAAUGGAUCCGGAGAUCCUGGUCGUGAACAACGAGGGUCCGAUCAACAAUCAGAACCAUUCCGAGGCUCUGCAGCAAAUAGUACGGGGACUAGCUGCGGCAGCGGGGGAUGGAUACGGGACACUGGAAGUCUCAUUGCUAUACGACCCCGCGGCACAGUACCUCCAGUGCAGAGUGCAGCGUGCGCGAGGCCUUCGUCCCAUGGACAUCCACGGUCUGACAGAUUCGUUCUGCAAGCUAAACAUCCUCCCAAUUGCGAUCGGGAGCCCGUCCCAGCGACUCAGGACAAAAACUGUUCACAAGACCCGGGAUCCGGAGUACAACGAGAUGGUAACAUUCUACGGCAUCACGGAGACAGACAUGAAAAAUGGCAGAGCACUUCACAUAUUGGUACUUCAAGACGACCGAGCGGGCAAGGAUUUCCUAGGAGAAGCCAAGCUGCCGCUCUGUCAGCUUCAACCGUAUCGAAUGAUCCACUACAAUGUUUAUCUGGAGAAUCACUGCCAGGUGGACCACGAAGAGGAAGUUUGGGGCGAGGAUCUGAGUCCAAGGGGUCAAAUUCUGGUAACCCUGAGCUACAGCACUCGCCGACGCGCCCUCUUGGUCAAUAUUUUGCGCGCUGCGAAUCUGCCGGCAAUGGACAGCAACGGGUUCUCUGACCCCUUCGUGAAGCUGUACCUGAUAAAGCGGCCGGAAGACAACUCGCAACAAACGAGCGGGUCCUUCUCCAACGUCCAGUACAACAAAAAGAAGGAAUCUCGAAAACCAACGUCCGCAAUUUACAAUACAGGAAUCAAGUGGAAGACCCUAAACCCAGAGUGGAACGAAGAGUUCGCUUUCGAGACACGGCUCACGGAUCUCACCAGUCAGAUGUUGUGUCUCUCCGUUUGGGACAAGGACCUCGGAAAGAGCAACGAUUACCUGGGAGGUCUCAUACUGAGCUGCAGCAGCAAAGGAGAGCGUCUGAGACAUUGGAUAGACGCAAUCAAAUUCCCGGACCAUCGCCAUCAAGCAUGGCACAGUCUGCAAGAGGAUCCCAUCCCAACAGAAUGAGUAGUCACUAUAAAUCGUGAGCUAAUAAUUUGUUACGAUGUGCACUAUACGCAAGUAUAAGGUUAUCGCGAAAACAUGUCGCAAUAUAAUAUUGUAAGUCUCGUGAGUAUAAUUACAUUCCGUGCCAAAGUAAUUUGUUUACUCUGCAACUGACGUGAAGUAAAGCUUCUGCAAUGCAAGAUGAGUUUAUAUGCUGAAUCUGUAACAACCAAGUUGAAAUCGAAGGAUUUAUUCAAAGUCAUUCAAGAUCUCUGUUUCUAGUAAAUAAACUGGCGAUGGGCAUUUUCUAUUAAACAAAAAAAUGAUAAUUAAUUAAUAAGGUAUAAAUGUUUGCCGAAUGUAUAAACCGUGGUGCGCAUAUAAUAAGUGAUAAACUCAAAAUCUGAUUGAAUUUUUUUCAAAUUUUUGUGUCACGUCAAUGAAACUAGGGAUUGCCAAUUUCUUAUUUAUAACAAGUUGAAUGAUGAUGAAGUUUAGUGCAAUAUUAAUCUUUACAUGCUAAUCGAAUAAAAAGUAAUUCAAUAGUUGGCUAGAUUGUAGUGUGAUUUUUUUGGAUCAUAAAAGAUGAAUUUGUAGGCAAGAAAAAAGGCCUCAUAAUUUAGUAAAUGAUUAAGGACGUGAGUCACAGGCAGACUGAUUCGGAUUGUUUGAAUUGUGACCCAUAUUCUCAACAUUGAAUUAUGUGGUUUGAUACUCUUAUAUAGAUGAAAAUUGUUGACAUUAAAGUCUCCUUCCAGCCAUUGUAACAAUGACAAAUAUUAUUACACAUAAAUCGAUUUAUCUAAGCUGUUCAAGAUAUAAAAUGAAACAUGUUGAAAGAAAAUAUAUACUUAUAUAUAUAUAUAUAUAUAUAUAU